AUGGGUUCCCUUGAGGCAAACCCAAAUUUCGAAAUUCCCAAGACGUGUGUUGCGGCAGUGGUAAAGAAUGAAGGGCCAGAGUUCUAUGUCGAACUUGAGCAGCUCCCAGUACCGGUCAUAAAACCACAUGAGGUUCUUCUUAGACUCAAUGCGACUGGACUGUGCAUGUCGGAUGUGCACUUUAUGCUGAAUGACUGGACCACAAUGCCGAAGAUGUCUUCCUUCGGUACUAAGUGUGCUGGCCAUGAAGGCGCUGGCGUGAUUGUGAAAGUGGGUGAACGUGUAACGGGUUUGCGCAUAGGUCAGCGAGCGGGCGUUAAGCCUUAUUUGGAUGUCUGUCACGUCUGUAAGCUGUGUCGAACUGGGAAGGAGGUAUAUUGUGCGAACGCUGUCGUGACUGGACUACAUUGUGACGGCUCUUACAAGCAAUAUAUAGCCGUGCCAGAACGAUAUACGACCAUCAUCCCCGAGGGUGUCAGCGAUUACGUUGCUGGACCCCUCAUGUGCUCCGGAUCAACCGCUUAUACUUCUAUCAAAGAGUCGAAUCUCAAGCCAGGUCAAUGGGCUCUUUUCAUUGGUGGAGGCUCAGGGGUCGGCAUCCAAGGUGUACAACUGGCGGCUGCGAUGGGUCUACGUCCGAUUGUGGUCGAUACUGGUGACGACAGAGGUCUACUUUCGAUAUCGCUGGGUGCGGAACAUUUCAUCGAUUUCGAGAAAGUGCAAGAUCCGAUCAGGGCUGUCCUGGAACUCACUGAAGGGGGUGUUGAUGGGGUUUUUGUUACUGCGGCUGCCGCGUACCCAAAGGCCCUUGAAUAUUUGGGUUGCACAGUGGGCGGCGUAGUCAUGUGUAUUGGAUUGCCCCCAACUGGGAAAUUCAACGUGGAUCUUGUCCCAUCGUCUCUCAUCUUCCGAAAUUCGUGCAUUAAGGGUACUCUGGUCAGUGGCCUGGCGGACGUUGAUACCACGCUUGAGUUUGCAAGAAGGGGUAAGCUGAACAUGGAGCCUACGGUAGUAGGUCUGUCGCAGUUCAAUGAUGCUGUACAGAGGUUGAAAAGAGGACAGGUUGUUGGGCGUGUCGUCGUAGAUUUCAACAUGCAAUAA